AUGGCUGUGUCCAAGCUGAAGCAUGAGCUGGAUCUUGGACACCAUAGUCCAUCUCUGGUGGCUAUGUCCAAGCUGAAGCAUGAGCUGGAUCUUGGACACCAUAGUCCAUCCCUGAUGGCUGUGUCCGAGCUCAAGCAUGAGCUGGAGAUACCCGAGCCGGCGGCGCCCGCCGACAGGCACCCGUCGCCCGCCAGGAACCUCCGGGCUGCGGAGCCGAGCAGGACGCCGGGCGCUGCCCCGGAGAAGAAGCCACCAGCCGUGGUUGAGGAGAAGCCACCGCCGAAGCUUCCCGUUGAGAUUCCCAAAGCCGCCGAGAGCGCCGCGCCGAAGGGGAAGAGCCCGGCCGCGAAAGCCGAGGCGGAGAGCAAGGAGAGCCGGGCGCCCAGCGAGGCUCCGAGGGCCAAGGAGACGGAGGAAGCAAGCAAGCCUUAUCCCCCCGACCUGUCGCGCAGCCCCCAGAGCCUGAGCGACACGGGCUACUCGUCCGACGGCAUCUCCAGCUCGCAGAGCGAGAUCACGGGCCUGGUGCAGCAGGAGGAGGAGAAGCUGAGCGGCACCGGGCUGGCCGAGCAGAGCCCGCCCAGCCCCUCGGAGCUCACCAAGCUGGAGAGCAGCAUGCGGCCCCUCCUGGAGGCCAAGGGCGCCUCGCAGGAGGCCGGCGAGCGCGGGAAGGGCUACGCGGAGCUGCGGGAAGAGCAGCGGCAGCGGCAGCGCCCGCGGUACCUCUCCAUCACCCCAGAAGCCUUUGAUUCCGACGAGGAGCUGGAAGACAUUCUAGAGGAGGACGAGGACUCCUUGGAGUGGGAGAACCAGCGGGAGCAGAGGGAGAGCAUGGAGUCGUCGGACGAGUUUGGCAGCAAGCUGCGCCACGACUACGUGGAGGACAGCAGCGAAGGAGGCUUCUCGCCGGUGCCGGGCAGGCCCGCGGGCAGGGAGGCCGAGGUGACGGACGAGGAGUUCAUGCGGCGGCAGAUCCUGGAGAUGAGCGCCGAGGAGGACAAUCUGGAGGAGGAGGAGGAGGAGGGCUACAGUCACCUCCAAUACAGCGUGGCCAAAACGGGGCCGAAGCCCGAGGCGGAGAAGAGCAAAGAGCCUCCGCCGGCCAAGCGGCGCCUGCCGCACGGCUCCGGCAGCCUCUACAAGGAGGAGAGGAAGGAGCUGGACGCGGCCGAAGGCGACGACGUGAGCACGGCCCAGGGCGGCCUGAGGCGCUUCAAGACCAUCGAGCUGAACAGCACCAACGGCUACGGCAGGGACCUGGAGGGGAGGCAGGAGGCGGACGCCAGCCUGGACAGGGAGCCCGAGCUGGAGAUGGAGAGCCUGACGGGCUCGCCGGAGGAGCGCUCCCGGGGCGAGUACUCGACCUCCACCCUGCCGGCCACGACGCCCAGCUACACGUCGGGCACCUCUCCCACCUCCAUCUCCUCGCUGGAGGAGGACAGCGACAGCAGCCCCAGCCGGAGGCAGAGGCUGGAGGAGGUGAAGCAGCAGAGGAAGGCUCGCCACCGCUCGCACGGGCCGCUGCUGCCCACCAUCGAGGACUCGUCCGAGGAGGAGGAGCUGCGGGAGGAAGAGGAGCUCCUGCGGGAGCAGGAGAAGAUGCGGGAGGUGGAGCAGCAGCGCAUCCGCAGCACGGCGCGCAAGACCAAGCGCGACAAGGAGGAGCUGCGGGCCCAGCGGAGGCGCGAGCGCUCCAAGACGCCGCCCAGCAACCUGUCGCCCAUCGAGGACGCCUCCCCCACGGAGGAGCUGCGGCAGGCGGCCGAGAUGGAGGAGCUGCACCGCUCCUCCUGCUCCGAGUACUCGCCCUCCGUCGACUCGGAGGCCGAGAGCUUCGACGCCAUGGCCUCCAAGCUGUACAAGUCGGGCAGCGAGUACAACCUGCCCGCCUUCAUGUCGCUCUACUCGCCCACGGAGAAGGCGGAGGGCGGCUCCAGCCAGCCCGCCAGCAAGCCCCUCAAGAGCGCCGAGGAGGCCUACGAGGAGAUGAUGAGGAAGGCGGAGCUCAUGCAGAAGCAGCAAGGGCAGCAGGCCCAGCAGGGCGCCUCGUACGGCGGGUACCAGCAGCUCGGCUACCGCGGCGCCGAGGCGCAGAGCACGUUUGAGUACCGCUACCUCGACGAGUACAGGUACGAGGGCGGCACCGGGCACCCCGCGCAGCCCGACUACCAGGGCGGGCUCUCGAAGGCGGGCGCCGUGUACGAGGAGAUCCUGCAGACGUCGCAGAGCAUCUCCCGCAUGCACCAGUCCUCCUCGCUGGACUUGGCUCUCGAGCAGCAGGAGAAGAAGAAGGGGCCGGAUGAGGCCCUCGCGUACCAAGAGAAGCGCUUCCUCCACGCCGAGAGCGCCUACGCCGACCUGCUCAAGCAGAACGGGGGGCCGCUCACGCCCGGCACGAGCCCCACGCAGCUCUCGGCGCCCGUCUCAUUCUCGGCCUCGGACGGCGGCGCCGGCAAGGUCAUUCCCGACGUGCGGGUCACGCAGCAUUUUGCGAAAGAGGGGCAAGAGGCCGCCAAGCUGCGCGGCGCCGCGGCCGGCCCCGCUGCCAAGGAGGCGCCCGCGCCGCUGGCCGCCGACGCCUCCAGCCAGACGCGGGCGGGCGGCGACUCGGCGUCUCCCGCCGGCUCGCCGAGCCGCCCGCCCACCGUGCACAGCUACAGCCAGACGCUGGAGCAGGAGCUGCCGGGCGCCUACGGCAAGGUGCCACCCGCCAAGGAGCCGCCGGCGGGCGGCCCCAAGGGGCCCGUCGCCGCGGGGCUCUACGCCUGGGGGGCGCUCCCGGCCGAGAACAUCUCCUUGUGCCGCAUCUCCUCGAUCCCCGGCACGUCGCGAGUGGAGCCCGGGCCCAAGGCACCGAGCAGCAACGCCGUGGACUUGCGCACGGCUAUCAAGGCAGCCCCCAUCAUCAUAACGGACCAAGGCAUGGACCUCACCUCCUUGGCUACGGAGACUAGGAAGUACUGCCUCACUCUGGACCAAAUCCCAAGCAGACAGUCCACGGCCAUCCAGCCCUUAAUCAUCAACCUCAACGCCCAAGAGCAGCCGCACGCCGUCCUCGCGGCGGCCACCAGCGCCACCGUCGCCAUCGCCUCCCCGCUGCUCCUCUCGCAGCCAAAGCAGCCCGUGGUCUACGGAGACCCUUUCCAGAACAGGAUGGACUUCGGGCAGGGCGCCGGGAGCCCUGUGUGCCUGGCGCAGGCGAAGCAAGUGGAGCAGGGCGUGCAGACGGGCGCCUUCCGAGCGAGCGGCGCCGCCGCUCCCGGGAAAGCCGAGGCGGCCGCUCCACAACCGGCCAAGUUCGCGAGGUACAACCUGCCCAGCCAGAUGGCACCUCUGGUGAAGAAGGACGUGCUCCUCGCGCAGAGCGCCAACGCGCCCAACGUGCUCGGCAUGAGCAGCGUCGCGCAGGCGUUCCCGCCGGAGCCGAGCUCGGAGCUGUACCGCGCCGUUCCGGUGGAGCUGAAAAGCCAGAGCCCCCUCAUGGCGCUGGGAGGCAAGAAAUCCCAGGUGAUGAUGGUGCAGGUGGAGGACGUGGCAGCCGGCCCCGUAACCAAAGUGGUCAAAGAAGAGCCGCCGGGCAGCGUGCUGGACCUCACGGGCAUGAAGUCCGAGAGCCAAGUGGCCUGCUGCGACGUGGUCUACAAGUUCCCCUUCGGCAGCAGCUGCACCGGAGCUUUCAACCCCUCUUCCAAGAUGCCGGAGAAGAAAGGCGGGGACGCGGUGGCCGGCAGGAAACCCGGCGGCCCCUACUACGGGAGCAAGGAGGCCGAGGGGCCGGAGGCGUUCCCGUACCGGGAGCAGCCGGCGCUCUACGAGGAGCACAAGUUCUACCCCGCGGGCAUGUUCGGCAGGCUCUACUCCUCCAUGUCGGACACGAACCUGUCCGAGAUGGGGAUGAACUACUACCCCACCAAGGGGGAUCAGCCCUUCCACGGUGCCGCCGGCGACGCCGCUGUCGAUCUGAGCACCAUGAAGCAUUCCUACAGCGUCAGCUUCACGGAAGGCGGCUUCCUGGGCCACGGCGCGCAGUACGGCUCCUUCUCGGACCUCCGCCAGCCCUCGGAGCUGCUGAGCCACCCGCUGCCCAUGAGACGCUACAGCUCGGCGUCCAACAUCUACUCCGACUACCGCUACUCGCCGCGGGGCGAGCCGGCCAACCUGCAGGAGUCCAGCCUGGCGCACUACAGUGCCACGACGGCGCGCGAGAUCAGCCGCAUGUGUGCGGCGCUCAACUCCAUGGAGCAGUACGGGGGCCGGCACGCCGCCGGCGCCGACCUCCUGCCGUACGGCCCCGGCGCGUUCCCGUCGGGCGCCACGGUGCGCGCCGCUGACGGCAUGAUCUACUCCACCAUCAACACGCCCAUCGCCUCCACGCUGCCCAUCACCACGCAGCCGGCCUCGGUGCUGCGGCCCCUGCUGCGCGGGCUCUACCGGCCCUACGGGCCGGGCGGCCUCGCGGCCGUGCCCCUGGCCAGCCUCACCAGGGUGCCCGUGGUGGCGCCGCGCAUGCCGCUGCCGGCGCAGGGCUUCUACCGCUACCCGGCGCCCGGGCGCUUCCCGGCCGCCUCGGCGCCGGCCGUGAUGGAGACGCCCGUGUACCUGGGGAAGCCCGUGAGCACCGCGACGGGCGCCGUGGCCAAGGCUCCCGGCACCACGGGGCCACAGAGAGCGGAGGCCGCCCGGGAAGAGGGGCCGGCGGCGGGCGCCAAGGAGAGCGUCCAGGCGGCACCGGCGGCGGCUGCCGUUCCCAAGGCCGAGGCAGCUCCGGCCGCCGGACCGGCUCGCGACGAGAGGGAGCGCGAGGAGGAGCGGCAGCGGAAGCAGCAGGAGCACGAGGAGCUGGAGCGGGAGCGCGUGGAGCUGCAGCGGCACCGGGAGAAGGAGCAGCUGCUGGUGCACCGCGAGCUGCAGGAGCUGCAGUCCAUCAAGCACCAGGUGCUGCAGCAGCAGCAGGAGGAGCGCCACGCGCAGCUGGCCCUGCAGCGCGAGCAGCUGGCCGCCGCGCGCCUGCCACCCGCGCCCGACGGCGCCGCCGACGUGCCGAGGGGCCUGCCGCCCAACGGGCAGUUCUGGCCGCCGCCGGGCCAGGCCUUCGUGGGGGCGCCGGGCGCGGGGCAGGAGGCGCCCGCCGGCCCGCGCUACCCCGGCCUCCCGCGGCCGCUCAGCAGCUCCGCCUCGGACAUGUCCCUGCAGGCCGAGGAGCCCUGGGAGGCCGGCCGCGGCAUGAAGAAGCGGAACUCCAUGCCGCGCCUGCGCGACGCCUACGACAAGGAGGUGGUGGUGAAGAAGAUCGCCGACAGCAGCGUGCAGACGGACGAGGAGGACGGCGAGGAGCGCUACCUGCUGUCGCGGCGGCGGCGGCCGCGCCGCAGCACCGACUGCAGCGUGCAGACGGACGAGGAGGACAGCGGCGAGUGGGAGCAGCCCGUGCGGCGGCGGCGCGCGCGGCCCUCGCGGCACGCCGACGCCGAGGGCAAGCCGGAGGGCGCCGCCCGCGGCACGGCCAGCGUGGCCAUCCAGACCAUCAGCGACUGCUCCGUGCAGACGGAGCCCGACCAGCUGCACCGCGUCUCGCCCUCCAUCCACAUCACCACCCACGACCCCCGCGUGGAGAUCGUCAAGUACAUCUCGGCGCCCGAGAAGACGCAGCGGGGCGAGAGCCUCGCCUGCCAGACGGAGCCCGAGGCGCCGCCGCCGGGCAUCGUGGUGCCCCAGCUCACCGUGCCCACCACCAUCACGCCCUACUCGGCCAACCUGCAGAUGGGCAGCGCCGGGCCCCUGGACCCGCACGCCGUCCGCCAGCCCACGCUGGGCAAGUUUGAGAAGAAGAAGCCGGACCCGCUGGAAAUCGGCUACCAGGCACAUCUGCCCGGCGACUCCCUCUCGCAGCUGGUGACGCGGCAGCCGCCCAGGUCCCCGCAGGUCCUCUACUCGCCCGUGUCCCCGCUCUCCCCGCACCGCCUGCUCGAGUCGUCCUUCGCGACCAGCGAGAGGCUCAACAAGGCGCACGUGCCGCCGCAGAAGCACUUCACGGCGGACCCGGCGCAGCGCCAGCAGAGCCUGCCGCGGCCCAUCAAAACCAUGCAGCGCUCGCUGUCCGACCCCAAGCCCAUCAGCCCCACGUCGGAGGAGGCCGGCAAGGACAGGUUCUCCCUGUACCAGCACCCGCUGCUCCCGGGCAGCCAGCUGGCCUCGCUGCAGGCGAGCGCGCUGACGCGCAAGGUGAAGCGCACGCUGCCCAGCCCGCCGCCCGAGGAGCCCCACGUGCCCCUGGCCAGCCAGGCGGCCCCGCACAUGUACCUGGCGAGCCUGGCGCCCAAGGCGCUGGCGGGCGCCGCCGCCGCCGCCGCCGUGCAGGUCACCAAGGCCAGCCUGCUCAAGGACAUCGACCGCGACCUCAAGCUGGUGGAGCACGAGUCCACGAAGCUGCGCAAGAAGCAGGCCGAGCUGGACGAGGAGGAGAAGGAGAUCGACGCCAAGCUCAAAUACCUGGAGCUGGGAAUCACGCAGCGCAAGGAGUCGCUGCUCAAGGACAGGAGCGGCAGGGACUACCCCUACCUGAGGGGUCUGGGCGAGAACAGGGACUACAUGUCCGACAGCGAGCUCAACAACCUGCGCCUCUCGGGCUACGAGGGCGCGGGGCUGCUCGCGCGGCCCGCCGCCGCGCCGCCCGCCCAGUACGCGGACUUCGCCGGCGCGCCCUACACCUCGAGCCAGGCGGACGUGCCCGCGCCGCCCCACAAGCCGCGGCAAACCUCGCUGGCCGACCUCGAGCAGAAGAUCGCCACCAACUACGAGACCGUCGGCGGCCCCGCGGGGGCCGCCGCUUCGACGGCGCCCACCGCCGCCUUCGGCACGGCGACGGUGACCAGCGGCUACGAGCAGUACAAGGCCGCCGAGGCGCGGCCGGCCGGCGGCACGCCGAGCGCCGCGGGCGGCUACUCCUCGUCGGAGAGCCUCUACACCAACCUGGAGCAGAACAUCCCGCGCAACUACGUGAUGAUCGACGACAUCAGCGAGUUGACCAAAGAGAGCCCGGCGGGCGACGGCCACAAAGGGCAGCCGCAGAGCGCCAACGGCCGCCACGGCAAGGAGAAGGGCGAGCUGGCGGAGCCUGAGGGCUCCAGCAGAGCCUGCUGCUACGCCAAAGCGGAGGAGGAGUCCGAGGAGGACGUGUAUGACCACCACGGCGCCGAGCACCGAGGGAGGAACAGCUACCACAGGGAGAGCAACGGCAGGACGCCGGGCGGCUCCGGCAGCUCGGCCUACUACUACGGGGACAGCGACUAUCGGCAUUCCUCACGGGCGGACAAGCACGGCCCCGGCGUGGCGGUGCCCAAGCAUUCUUCCAAAAACCUGGCGCCCGCCGUGGUCUCCUCGAAGCGCAGCAAGCACAGGAAGCAGGGCAUGGAGCAGAAGAUCUCCAAGUUCUCCCCCAUUGAAGAAGCCAAAGACGUGGAGUCGGACCUGGCCUCCUACGCCGUGAGCACCUCAGUGAGCAGCAGCAACGUGGCCUCCCGGGCGAAGAAGCUGCAGGAUGAGAUCACCUACGGCCUCAAGAAGAACGUGUACGAGCAGCAGAAGUACUACGGCAUGGCCGGCAGGGACUUGGUGGACGAGGACGAGCGCGUCUACGCCGCCGCGAGCCGGACCCGCUCCUCCGGCUACGGGGCAGACAAGGCGUCCAGCCGGGACGGGGGCGGCCGCAGCAAGUCCUACGAGCGGGAGAGCGUGGAGCGGGCCCAGAAGGGCAGCUCCAAGCCCUCGUCCCUCGGCAUGAGCCAGAGCCGCGGCAGGACUCCCGUUCGCGCGCAGGCCUCCGAAGAGGAGAGCCCCAUGAGCCCCCUGGGCAAGUCCAUGGGGGUGUCGCGCUCGUCGGGCGGCCCCGGCCCGCAGCCCGCCGGGGAGCCCUGCUCCCAGUUCUGCUCCAGCCACUCGUUGCCUGAUGUGCAAGAGCACAUCAAAGACGUGCCAAGGCAUCACCCCUACAAGCACGAAGAAGGCUACGUCGUGGAUGAUUCGCACUGCGUUGUCUCGGACAGCGAAGCCUAUCAUUUGGGCCAGGAGGAGACAGACUGGUUUGAUAAGCCGAGGGAAGCGCGGGCAGAGAGGGUAAGGCACUACGGUGGCCACUCUUCCUCGCAGAAGAGACCCCCGCCUAAGCACAGCUACCACGACUACGACGAGCCGCCGGACGACGAGCCGUGGCCGCGCGACGAGUACACGCCGGCGCCGCGCGAGCACCGGCACCACGGCGACUACGGGCGCCCGGCGGCGCGCCACGCGCAGCAGCAGCAGCAGCAGCCCGGCCCGGCGCAGCCUCCCGGGAAGGCGCCGGCCGCGCUCCACGCGCAACAGGGAGGCCACCAAGCGAUGCCGGUGAGUGCGGGCUCGGCCUCCACUCCUGGGGACCGGCUCCGUACCUGA